GCCUCUUUCCCGUCCAUCGGUUCCCCAACCAAAGCAAAAAACCUAGGGUUUGUGUUAGGGCGGCGGCGGCGGCGGCGGCGGCUUUAUUCCCGAUCCCGAUCACCAUGCCCGUCGAAGCCGCGUCAAGCUCGGAUGAGGAGGAGGAGGAGGAGAUGGCCGCCCUCUCCGAUUGGGAGAUGGCGGCGGAGGAGGGGACCGAUUUCUUCACCGAUUGGGCGAUGGAGGGGACCGCCGUCUUCCCCGAUUGGGCGAUGCUGGAUCGCAUCGGCCGCACCCGCUGCCACAAGGACCUAGACGCUGCUCGUCGGGUUGUCAACAAGAACAAGACCGCCGCUCAACUCCGCAUUGACCACGGCCGCUCCUGCUACGUGUCCUUCACCCUCGCGGCUCCUCCAAAAGGGGUCUCCUACCUCAACCUCCACUGGCCGAUGCGAGAAUGCUCCGACACCAAGCCCCCCGCCUAUCCCUUCGUCCGGGCAACCGACAAGGACCUCGUCCUCUUCGACAUCGACAUCCUGAGCCGGAUUUGCGCCCCGUCAGAUCUGUUCGUCUACACGGCCGCCGGUCCUUCCCCCUCGGUGCAGUUGCUCCCCCGGUACACCGAGGACAGGAGGAGGAAAAGGCGGUUGUUCCUGAUGGAUAAAUUCUCCACAGGCAUCCUGCGGCUCUCGGAGAAGCGCUACAUCGUUGCCGACCUCAGUGUCCUGGAUGGUGCACUCUUCGUCUUCGACUCCUCCCAGACUGAAGAGUGGACAAUCAUCCCCAUUAUGCCUGGCCUGAUACGUUGGCACGCACCCAAGCAGAAGCAGAGCAGUGGCAAGCUCCCCAAGCUCUGGUCAACUGACGAUGUGCUCGCUCUCGACGACCGUUUCCUGUGCUGGGUUGACUACUUCAGCGGUGUCCUGCUAUCUGACUUCUCUUCCACUAGAGGUUCCCCGCCCCUCCACUUCGUACCUUUCCCUGGAGAAAAAGAAUACCCUGAAGAGCUACGGGUCUCAAGGCACUUCCCUGGGAGGUUCCGAAGUGUGUCCAUUAGCCAAGGCAAGAUGCGCUUUGUCCACAUUGACAAUGACUUCCAUGAGACAAUCCACGAUGAUGAUGACUCGCCAUGGCAUCAGCUUCCUCGCAUAACAAGCCAAGGGCAGCAGCAUAAGGGUCCCCAAAAAAUCACCAUUUGGACUUUGAACUCCGACAAAUUCAGUUGGGAGCAACAUGCCAUGAUCAACCUGGAUGGUCUAUGGGCGCAACGUUGUUACAAAGCUCUGGACAUACAGCAGCGUCUUCCCGAGUUCCCAGUCGUCAGUGUGGAUGACCCGGAUGUUCUAUGCUGCCUGUUAAGGGAGAAGGAAUUUGGUGGCAAGGGGUGGAUGAGCGUGAUUGACAUGAAGCUUGCGAAACUGCAGGCAUGUACUCAAUAUAUCAAUCGACGGUCCUACUGUGCUGAGUGCAAGGAUGCGGGCUGUGCUGAGUGUGUGGAUGACAAAAACGAUUUCCCUAAUAUGCCCCUACUUCCAACUGUCUUCUCCUCCAAACACCUUGAAAGGCCAACUGGCGACGGGCCUUCCGACUGUCUUCUACAUCCUGUCAUGCAUAAUCCGACGUCCUUUGCACGUGGACUGUUGUCGGGACUCCAUGUAUCUUGAGUUUACUGCUUUCUUGCUGCCUUCAGCCUUUUCCCACCUGAAUACAGCACCCAUGUGCCGGCCUUGUCUGCAGCACAGUCGCCACCAAUUCCUUGCGUGUCAGCUGUAGUCCUUCCAGCUGAUUGACAAAGGCGAUACCUGCUCAUUGAGGCCACAAAAGUCACAUCAUGGCUAGUGUGGUGUUCUCAGACAACGCUUUGAUGACGAGUUAGCUGAGAGCUAAUGGAAAACAGAUAUGGAGUCAUGACGAUCUGAAACCUAAUCAAGGAUAUGAUGGCAUUACGUUUGCAUUAAUAUUGACGGCGAAGCAGUUUUCUUUAUCAAUAUACUCCACUGCAAUGCCAUUUCUCUUGUUUGUCUAUUCCUUCUUUUUGAACAAUUAUUGUGUACAUCUUUUUUAUGAAGUUGCAAUUCAUCUCAUCUUCCCAUACUGCUUGCGA